AUGACACUUGCCAAUGCAAACUUCCACAGGACUUUGGUAGAUCAAGGAGGCUCAGCAAACAUCUUGUUCAAACCAACUUUUGAUAAAUUAGGCCUAGAGGAAAAGAAUUUGAGAAUUACAAGUCCCCCACUGCCACAGGGCUCAGCGUCAUCAUUCGUUGCUCUCAAGCACCACCGUAUUUUCGUCCGACUGUCUGUGCUUCUCCCUCAUUCGGAAAUUGGUGCGUCUUCCUCGAGCUCGCCGUCAUUCGCUUCCUCGCUGGUCUUCGUCUGCUCAAACCCUAGCCUCCAUCACUCUCCUCUUCAAGCUGUGUCACCGCCGCCGUCGAAUCUGGUCCAACCGUCGUCCCUACUGUUUCAGCGUCGUCGCAGCUCGUCUCUGCCGUCGCGUCGCAUAUGCUCCACUCUCCUCUGCUGUCGCGUCGCUCUGCGAAGGGAAAAGAAGGGGUGGAGGUCGCGGGAGGGUGUGGCUGGUUUAUCUGCUUCACUCCUAACAUCUGUGCUACCAACAACAUUGGAACAUCUUCUUGCUUUUGGCAUUUGUUUUGCUGGCGGGUAUCUAGCUAUAUCAAAUUUUCCAAGACGCAGACAGAGUGUGAUAGAUAAAGUGAAAGCAAAAGCAGAAAAGUUGGCAUCUGAGCUUGAAAAAGCCAUGAAUAAAUAUUUCAAUGAAGCUAUGGAAUAUUUGGACAAUUAUGUGAAAGUUCUUGGCAAGCCUUACCAAGAUCAAGCACAGAAUAGACUGAAUAUACUUCUAGAGAUUCAAGAGGAAUUGUCAAAUGUUGAGAAAAAACUUAGAACACUGCAGGUUGAAAUCCAAAAUCUAGGGGUAAUUUUGUUAUGCUGCUGUUUUAAAUUAAUUUAGGGGUGAUUAUUUGUUAUGCUACUGUUUUGAAUUAAUUUAGGAGCGCUUAAUGAUUAUUUCUAGUUGUA